CUUCCGUUCUGCAGGGAGGAAGCCUGUGUUUAUGAAAUAAAUAGUUCAGAUAACUCGUUUUUAAAAGAAAGAGAGGAACAGUUUUAAAUUUUGUUCUUCAUAUAUCGCUACAAAAUUCUCAAUUCCACUACAUAAUCCCGUCUCCAAAAAUGACUUUGAAGGAAGAUUUUGCAUCGUCUUCUAUAUGGGCCAAACUUGCAUUUUGCUGUUUUCUGACUGCCUUAAUUACAGGCGGAAUAUCAUUUACCACAACAAGAUGGGCCAGUAUGAACAUCAAGGGAACUAAGGGUGGAGUGUACUUUGGCUUGUGGCGAAGAUGUGAAAUUAAAAGCGAUGAUAGAGUACAAGCAUGCUUCAUACUCGAUGGGACAGCCAAUGAAUGGUUUGCUGUUGUUCAAGCAAUGGCGGUAUUUGGAUCUUCUGGUAUACUAGUUUCCAUGUUCCUGUUUAUACUGUACUUGUUCUUCGAAAAAUAUAAGAAGAAUUCCGAAAUUGGGACUAUAGCCGGAAUCAUUUGUAUUAUUACUGGGAUAAUGUAUCUUAUUGGAUGCAUAGUAUUUGCCACUAAAAAGAACAAGUACUAUGAAGACACAGAAUGGAUUAAAUUUCCUUUAGAAUAUGGAUUUUAUCUCGCAAUAAUUGCGAUACUCUUCGAAAUAGCAGGUGGGGUGUUUACACUCAUAGAAAUAAAGGCAACAAACACAUCUCAACAUCGUUAUGAUAGCAGCAGCAGCAGAACUGAUGAACAGAUAUAGGAACAUACCUUCCCCAAAGCUAAUAUUAAAUGGCAAUGUACAUCUACAUCUACAUGAGAUUUAACCAACGCAGUAUACGCAUAUUUUUACAUAACUUUUUUAUGUUUAUAAUUUUAUAAUUUUGUAAAUUAUUACGUUAUUCUAUUUAUAAUUUGCUAUCCGCAAGGGGACGACCAUUUGAUAUUCGAGGGGGAGGGGGGCAGGAGGAUUUGAUUUUGAUCGGUUAUUUAUUUUUGUAAUCUAAGAGGACAGAUUAUUCAUUUUCUGCACUAUUGAAGCAAUAUUUUUCAUUUUCAUUAAAGCAAGAAGUUAUUCAUUUUCACAACUGUAUUUAUGAUAUUCGAAAACUUACAAUUUUGAAAUGAUUUGUUUAUUAUAAAUAAUACUUGUAUAAUAAUAGUCAAGUCAAUAUGUACCAUUUAAUCAGAAUUAAUCCCCCUCCUCUACAGAAAUGAAUCUUUUAUAUAAUAUUCCCAACUGCAUUGCAUGCAUACAUAGUAUUAAAGUUUGGUUGUAACUAGCCUCUUUCAAAAGUAUUGGCAGACAUUUUUGACCGAGUGGAGCGAGUAAAAAUCAUUUUUGAAAGUUUUUGGAGCCACUGAAGCCCCAAGAAGCUAUAGAACAAAUGACGCAAAAUAAUGCCUUCUGAGUGUUCCCAAGACCCUUUCACAAUCUGAAAAUACAAGGUUUGUUUUAAUAAUUUUAUUACAAUAUUUUGGUCUCAAAGUAAAAUGUAAAUAUUGAGUGCAAGCUAAGUUUUGAGGGAAAACAUCAAAAGACCAAUGUGCAUCAUAAAGCAAAAAUGGAAUUCACAUAGUUAAGUCUUUGGCUGCUGUUUUUUUUUAUUUAUUCAUGAUCAAGUUCAUUACAAAAUUACUAGAUUACAAUAUGAAAGCAACACUUAUUGAACAGAAUACAGAAGGGAAAUCAAUAAAGAAAAAAACAAAAAAAUAAUAAACAUUGAUCCCCCCAAAAAGGGCUAUGUCUGAAGGAAAACUUGAGAAAAUUCCCCCCCCCCCCCGGGAUUAUCAAUUGGUCGUCCCCCAAAGUCAGGAUCGAGUCAGCAGUCCAGGGAUUGCCGUAUGUUGCUGUAUAUCAUAUUUCUUUUUCGUUCAUUAUUUUGAACAUAACCAAGGACUUUAAUUUUUCUAGUUCGAAUGUUUUCGGUUGCCAUUUCGAGGCCUUUUAUAUGGACCUAUGCGUUAUUUAGCUUAUCUUUAUAUAAUAAUAUAAUAAUAAAAUUACCU